GCCGCCGCCGCCUCUCGCUGCAGCCGCCCGCGUCCCGACAUGAGCGAGGCGCGUCGGGGGUCCGCGCCCGCCGCGCCGUCGGCCGCCGCCGCGCCCGAGGAGAGGAAAGCCAAGGAAGCCGAGCGCGAGAAGCUGCCGCCCCUCGCGGCCGCCGGCGCCACUGCGGGGUUGGACAGAGGAGUCAAAGGCCAGAUUUCCACUUUUAGCAGUGUUGUUUCAACUGUAAGCCAGAAAAAAGAAGUUUCUGAAAACAGAAGUUCACCUACCCAUCCUGUUCUCCCUAACAUCAAGAAUAGUAAAGAAGUGAGAGACCUACCAGCAAUUUGCCUUGAUGUUAGACAAAAACAGCGCACCUCUAUAGAUGCAUCGUCAUCCGAAUUAAAGACUCCAGCUCUACCAGAUCCUGUCCCUCCUAUCCAGCCCAAAACUAUGAAAGAUUUUCAGGAAGAUGUAGAAAAAGUGAAGUCAUCAGGAGAUUGGAAAGCAGUUCAUGAUUUUUAUCUAAAAACAUUUGAUUCUUUCCCAGAACUAAAUGCUGCGUUUAAGAAAGACAACACCACCUCAUUUAAUACUAUUGAAGACUCUGGGGUUAAUGCUAAAUUUGUGAAUGCUGUAUAUGAUGCCUUACUCAAUACUCCUCAAGACAUUCAGAAGACAGUAUUAAAGGGAAUCAUUAACAGCUUGUUACGAGAAUGGAAAGGUUCACGAACAAAAGAUGAUCUUAGAGCAUAUUUUAUACUUUUACAGAAUCCUCAGUUUAAUAAUACAUCCACGUAUGUCAUCUAUGCUCACUUGCUACGGCAGAUCACUACAUUAGUGGAAGCUGACCACCAUUUCCUAGUUCACUGGUUUAAAAAAUUAUCCCAGAAGAGGUUCAAGCAAUUGGUAGAGAGAUUGCUGCAAUUUAUUUCUUUACGCCUGUUUCCUGCAAAGCCUGAAGAGUUCCCUCCUUUAGCAAAGUGUUCCUGGUGGAUUCCAUCAGCAGCUAAAGUGUUGGCUUUACUCAAUACUGCAAACAAUUUGGUUCACCCUCCUCUUAUUCCUUAUACUGAUUUCUAUAAUUCUACAUUGGAUCACAUUGAUCUCAUGGAAGAAUAUCACACCUGGCAGAGCUUUGGAAAUUCUCACAGGUUUUCCUUCUGUCAGUAUCCAUUCGUUAUUUCUAUAACUGCCAAAAAAAUUAUUAUUCAGAGAGACUCAGAACAACAGAUGAUAAGCAUCGCAAGGCAAAGUCUUGUGGAUAAAGUAUCUCGGAGACAGAGACCUGAUAUGAAUAUGUUAUUUCUAAAUAUGAAAGUAAGACGGACACAUCUGGUUAGCGAUUCACUUGAUGAGUUAACCCGCAAAACAGCAGACUUGAAAAAGAAGUUGAAAGUUACAUUUGUAGGGGAAGCUGGUUUGGAUAUGGGUGGUUUGACUAAGGAAUGGUUCCUUCUUCUAAUUCGCCAGAUUUUUCACCCAGAUUAUGGCAUGUUUACAUAUCACAAGGAUUCACACUGCCAUUGGUUUAGCAGCUUUAAAUGUGAUAACUAUUCUGAAUUCCGAUUGGUGGGAAUUCUUAUGGGACUAGCUGUUUAUAACAGCAUUACCUUGGAUAUUCGUUUCCCGCCCUGCUGUUACAAGAAAUUGUUGAGUCCUCCCAUCGUUCCUAGUGAUCAGAAUACACCAGUAGGCAUCUGCAGUGUCACCACGGAUGACUUAUGUCAAAUUAUGCCUGAGUUGGCCCAUGGAUUAAAUGAACUCCUGUCAUAUGAAGGCAAUGUUGAAGAAGAUUUCUAUUCAACAUUUCAGGUUUUCCAAGAAGAAUUUGGAAUUAUAAAGUCCUAUAAUUUAAAGCCAGGUGGUGAUAAAAUUCCAGUUACCAAUCAAAAUAGGAAAGAAUAUGUGCAGCUUUAUAUUGACUUUCUUCUCAACAAAUCCAUCUAUAAGCAGUUUGCUGCAUUUUAUUAUGGAUUUCAUAGUGUGUGCGCUUCAAAUGCCCUCAUGCUGCUUCGUCCAGAGGAAGUUGAAAUUCUGGUGUGUGGAAGUCCAGAACUGGACAUGCAUGCGCUGCAGAGAAGUACUCAGUAUGAUGGCUACGCCAAAACCGACCUGACUAUAAGAUAUUUUUGGGAUGUUGUAUUUGGAUUUCCUCUUGAUCUUCAAAAGAAGUUGCUACAUUUUACUACAGGAAGUGACAGAGUACCUGUAGGAGGAAUGGCUGAUUUGAACUUUAAAAUCUCAAAGAAUGAAACUUCUACUAACUGGUUGCCUAUAGCCCACACCUGCUUCAAUCAACUUUGCCUUCCUCCCUACAAGAGCAAAAAGGACCUGAAACAGAAAUUGAUCAUUGGAAUUUCAAAUUCAGAAGGUUUUGGACUUGAGUAACCUAGAAGACUUGAAAUAUAUUUUAUAUGUAGCAUUAUUUCCCUCUUAUUGUGCCUUUAACCUUUUCAUGUUUCUGUCUCAAAACAUCUUCACAAAACUUCCCAACUUUCAAAUACUGAUUUUUUUAAAUGAAAUAUGACACAUGUUCAUUGGAAAAGGCAUGAUUUUCUUUAACACAGAAAUUGCUUGAGUGAGAAAUGACAAGAUGGCAGAGAGGCCUGGGUCGAGUCACUUUUUUAAUAGCACUUUAUCAGUCUCUAGAAGUUGUCUGUCACGGUGUUUCACUGGGAAAGCAAAGUACAGUAAAGAAUGCAUUGGUGACACAGAGACCCUCGUGGCCAUGCAGAGAACUACAUUAUCAUUAAUGUGAGGCAUGUAGCCCUAUUUUCAUACAGAGGUAAACAACAGUAUAAUUGCAAAUGCAAUUAACAGGGGUUUUUUGAUAUUAUUGGCUUUGGUUCUAUAAGAUUCUUUUCAGCUGUUGCUGAAAAGCAUGUAAAUAACUAUAUAAUAGCCUGCGAAUAAUGGGAUUUUGAUAGUGUCAUUUAUUGCUAAAGAUUUAUUUUUACAAAGCAAAUUCAGGGUUUUAGAUGUGUAUACAGCUUUUACAAAUCAAUAAAGAUGACUGUACAAGAGUGUAACUAUUUUCAAACUAAUUGGAUUCAAGGUUAUGUUCUUUUAAGUAUUAUUGUUAGUCUGCAUGCAUACUGGCAGUAAACCAGUAACCGUAAUAUUUGUAUAAUGAUUAUUUCUUCUUAAGGGUCUGUAUAUUAAAAAUCAAAUUGGAUCUAACUAAUCAUUGAUAAUCAUAAGCACAAAAGAAAGCUUUUAUAUAGACUUUGACAUAUGAGAAUUAUUUCUAAUAAUUUUUGAUCCUAAAGCUCUACUUUCCAAAAAAAAAGUUGAGAUGUUUGUCAAAAGUUAAUACAAUAGUAACAUUUGUGUUAAGAUGAUUUGACAUGUGAAAAUGAAGUUCAACAUUUUGACCAAAAUGUUCAUUUUUACUGAAUUCAUAUGACAGUAAAUUUAAAAAUACCCUUUACGGAGUUUCUAAUAAAGUAGCAUGUGAAAAAAAAUUGCAUUUUAAGUCAGAUAGUAAAUGGUUUUCUUUUAAUUUAUAGCAAAUGAAGCAGUUUUAUUAGCAUGUUAAAAUAUUCCAAAUCACAGAUCUAAUAUUUUACGUUGAUAGCUUUCCUUCAGAGAACUCUGAAGAUAUUAUUUGCAAUAACAAUGAUGCCAGCACUUAGUACCAGCAUAUGGGUCACACAUAAAUAAUACUUUCCCAAGCUCUUUCUGAGUUAUGUUCUUCUCUUAUUGCCAUGCCUCCUGCGCCCAACCAGCAGAAUUCUUUGAGGGUGGAGGGACCAGUCAGCUUGUUCUUCAGCAGUUUUGAAGCCAAUCCAGGAAUCCCUGAGGAAGGAAAAGGAGUUACUAGUUUACUGUUUGUUCUCUUUGAGACAGAAGUGGCUCUGAUUUUCCAUUCGAAUACACUAUUUAAAAAGAUUUUUGUUCUUAAACCUCUCUUGGAAGACAGGUUAAAGACAUGUUAGCUUGGUUUGACUUGCUCUAUAUUUAAUCCAUGUGCAAAUAAAACUGCUUCUCUCUUGCAUUGCUUGAACUAGAAAGUAAGAUGUUUAUUGUAGGUUACUAUUAACUAAUAAGCACAAAAGAAUCAUGUGUAAGAAACCAGAUUUAAAUGUUUUAAAUAAAAUGUAAACAAAGAUUUUUAUUUGGUAGAGACGGAAACAUUGUGUUGGCUUGGUCUGCAUGUUUCAUGAUAUGCUUGUAUAUUGAUAGCUAUUUCAUUUUUAAAUAAGUAUACAAGCAAGCCAAAUUUUUAAAUGACAAAGUCCAUAAAUAACUGGACAGUGUUGUUGUCUGUUGUUUAGUUAAAUUUAUAACCAUUUAUCACUAAAUUACACAUUGCCUUUAUUUGUAUUUUGUUUUGGUUUACAGUGUAAUAAUACCUCAUUUUUUAAAAACCACUACUGUUAGUUUGUUAAAUAGCUAGAACUGUCAUGUAGUUGCUUUUUUUAUAUAAUCUCUUAAUUCUUGAUUUUUUAUCUGCCACAGUAAAUUAAAGCAUUACACAGUAUUUAUAAGUAUUUACAAAAUGUCCCAUCCUUUUUUAAUCUUUACUCAUAUUUUUGUCUGUAUGAUCCCAAAUUUUUUAAUAGUCCCUCUUUUUUUGGUACAAAUCUGUAUUGUAUUAAGUUGUUUGUUAAUUCCUGGAUAAAAUUUUGCAAAUAUUAAAAUUAUAC